AUGCCUGAAUGCGCCCCCCACACACAUGGAAACAGGGCGAAUGGUCGGCUGCACAAGCGAUCCCGGUCUGGCUGUUUCACAUGCCGCCUACGUCGAAAGAAGUGCGAUGAGAACCAUCCUGCCUGUACCGCCUGUGUUAAUCUCAACGUGCGAUGCGAAUACAAACGCCCGAUUUGGUGGGGAAAUGCCGAGCAGCGGAGAGCCCAGAAGGAGCGCAUCAAGAUCAGAAUUAAGCAAACCAAGAUGCUGGAGCGAAAUGGUAACUACUCCGGUAUGUACUUCUUCGAUCCAGACCUCUCGUACAUUUCAACUAACAUCGGGGACGCUCUAGACCCACUAACUCGCCAUCGUCAUAUGCCUGCGACAUCGCCAACUUCACCUGUGCACGAAAAUGGUCGCCCUAGGUACAGCGACUCUUAUGAUCUUUUCUCAUCCCAGCUACCCACCCCUGGGUUAGGAAGUGCCCCUCAUGGACCCUACAUACCUUCCUAUGAAGUCGAUGUGCGAACUGAGCGACAGACAUUUAUCAACGAUGUGCCUAUGCGUCAUGAUUCUUCGACAUCAACAUUCAGCGCAUUUGCACCUCCCCAACUCAGUGCUCCGAUGCCAACUUUCGCUGGCGAUGAAUGGUUUGGAGAUGAAUAUUUUUCACAGGCCUCAGCAUUUAAUGGUGUUAAUCCUGGAGACAAUAAUUCUGGCUUUGAUCACACACGCACACUGGUGCAAAGCACCAUUGCUGUUAGCGACCAUGACCGGCCACUUCUCGAUCACUUCAUCCACAAUGUGUUGCGCCAGAUAUUCCCCAUUCUGGAAGCUCACCAAAGAGGCCACUUGCGCGCGCAAUCAAUUCUCCGAGCUCUGGAAACAAAUAAGUGCUAUCUUCAUUGCUGUCUGAGUGUUGCUGCAAUCCACCUUAAGACUACUGAAGGGUUAGUUGGAGAGCAAAUUGACCACGAUAUUAUGCGACACCGUUAUGAAGCCAUCUCUCAACUAUGUCAGGCUCUGGGAGAUGAUGUUAAUCACGAUGAGAUUUUAGAUGCAACUCUUGCGAUGAUCUUCUUUCACUGUGCUGUUGGCCCCUCGGAUGACUACCUUCCCGACAUUCCAUGGUUUGAUCAUUUCCAGGCCGCGUCAAAUCUUGUAACCAGACUCGGACUUCCUUCUGCAACGGUUGAAGACUCCACCGGAUACCUGGUUCCCCCAUUUAGCAUGAGCUUGACUUCUUGGAUUGAUAUCCUGGGCUCGACAAUGGUGGGCAAGACUCCCGAAUUUGCUCAUCAGUACCGAUCAAAGCAUUUGGGCGGAGCCUCCUCUGGUUUACGCGAGAUGAUGGGAUGUGAUGAUCGGAUUAUGUAUCUCAUCUCUGAGAUUGCUUGCCUGGACUCCCUGAAGAACGAAGGUCGGGUCGAUGACUUGGCUGUUUGCUCUCAUGUUCAGGCGCUGGGACAACAACUCGAUUACACAGCGCCCGCCGAUCCUACGCUGGAGAACCCAUUCUCACCUGCAACGGGAGCCAUUCGCCCAGACGCCCUGACCAAGACCAUGUCUCACAUCUUCCGGACUGCAGCUCAAAUCUAUCUUUCCAGUAUCGUACCCGGCUUUGAUCGCAGCCAAACAAGCAAUGAGAGCCUGGUCACCGCAGUAACAGAUGCGCUCCAAUUCAUUCCUCCUGGUCCCCAUGGCUACGACCGCUCUCUUGUCUGGCCACUUCUCAUGACCGGCGUGGUUUCCGGACCAACGAGUUCCUUCCGAUCCGUUCUCGCCGAUCGUGUCGCUGCACUGGGUGACCAUGGUGACCUCGGUAGCUUCGGACGCAUGUACCGCCUCCUACAAGAGGUGUGGCGCCUGACAGACGGCCCAUUCAAUUCCUCUGAAGUACAGUCUGGAGAUGACUCUCACAACUCCUCGCUCACCAGUCCGAUUUCCAGACUGGACAGCUCCAAAUCCCCCUCUGGCGCUGGCGCCACUAUGGGUGGACGGGAAAUCAAGAAGCAGCAACUCCACUGGAGGGACAUCAUGAAGAGGAAUAACUGGCACUACCUCCUUAUUUGA